CUGAGUGUUGAUCGGGCGAGAUAAUUUUUUUUUUUAAAUUGUGCUAAUUGGUGGAGAAUCCGGGUACAACACCACCUCUCAUGAAGCUAAGCGAGUAUUCCCCAAAUCUCAAAGUUUCCGAGGACGACCAGCUUUAACAUUGGACUGGCAUGCAGUUCCGACCACAGUGGCAGGUUUCAGCGCCGCUUUGCAGCAGAUGUAACAGACGGCAUUACUCCGUCUGCAACGCCUUGGAGAAACGCUGCCAUAGAUGUGGAGAAGAGGGACACUUUAGCAGAGUGUGCGGAGAACGUUCGUGCCGCGCUGUAAAAUCGGAUGCAAAGAGGAAAAGGGACACCGAACGACUGCAGGAUUACAACAGCAGGAAAAGGUUGUUCCGGGUACUUCCGUUUGCAAACAUAAGUGAUUCCAAAUUUAAAGAGUGUGUCAAUUUAAAGUCAGUGUUUUCAUCAGAAGUUCAGUCCGUGGUAAAAGAUCUCCAAUAUACAAAAGCGCUAAUGAAAAUGGACAUUGAAAUCCUAGAAUGGAAAUUGCAGAAACAGUCAAAGUCGAACGAGGAAAAAGAUCAACAGAUAAAACUGUAUUCUACAUACUUAAACUAUGCCGUGUCAGAUCUAAAGAAACUUUCCGGACUUGUUUCCCAUUACAACUGGCUUCUGGAAAAUUAUGAAAUGGAACACAUCGUACUGCGAUCAAUCAAACAGAACUGUAUGUGUAAAAGAGAUGUUGAAAACAGUAAACUUGUCCGAAGGGAAUAUAGACAGUUUAAAGAUUCUGAAUUAUACAAAGAAAUUUUGAACACUAAAUUUUGAAUAUUUAC